AUGAUACCUCGAAUAGCAUCGGCCGCCACGGCCAUGCUCAGCAUCCUCUCCCUUGCACCUUCCGUUUUCGCCGCCAGCAGUGGUAGCAGUUCCAGCUCGAGCUCCACGGAGUCCUACAUUCCAUACACAGCGAGCGAUGGCACGACACUCUACCUCGCGAACGAUCGGAAGCCGGCGUUGUACACGGGCAACUUUGGUGAUUGCUUAGGGGGUGCCAGCGCCAUCAACGUCACCCGGUUCGAUGCCGCCUACUAUAAGGAUAACAUGACGGUGCUUUUCCACUUGGCUGGAAACACUGGGUUGAAGAACGAGAGUCUGAUGAUGUACAUUGGCGUUUAUGCGUACGGAUCGAGCAGAUUCGACUUGGUAUUCAACCCUUGUCAGGCGAACAUUGCCAGUCUAUGUCCGGCAAACAGCAGCGUGCCUAUCGAAGCUAUUGGCUUGAUCCCUGUGGCCCAGGAAGACGUCGCUAACAUCCCGGCGAUUGCUCUGACCAUUCCAGACUUCGAAGGCGAAGCAGUCCUUCGAAUCUUCGCCAAUAGCACCGAGACCGAGAUUGGCUGCUUUUCUGCCGUCGUCACGAAUGGUAACUCUUUCAGCCAGCCAGCGUCGGUCGGCAGCAUACUUGGAAUCUUCACAUCUGUGGCCCUCCUUGCCUCUUUCGCCACCGCUGCAUAUGGGGAGGCAGUACCAACCAUGAGAUUGCACUAUGCUCACUCGCUGUCUGUUGGCGUCGUCUUCGCCGUCUUCCAACACAUCUUCUUUACUGGAGCGCUAUCGCUGAACUGGCCUUCCGUGCUGGUCGCUUGGUGGAGUAACUUUGCCUGGGCUGGUGGUAUGAUCUACAGCCCGACUAUGCAGACGAGCAUCAAUCAUCUGAUCGGCAAUAAUGUCGGCAACACUUCAGAAGUCGGUGCAGCAAGUACUGGCUCCACGCAGGAUACUCUUGCUGGUGGCUACGACAUCACCCAGAUCUACAAGCGGAUGCUUAGCUAUGGCGCCAACAAGAUCCACACUCACCCGCUCAUGCGUGAUGGGGCGUCUGAGAUAUACCGCCAACCAUAUGGCGUGCGUAAGCGGGGUGUGCUGCAGCGCAGUGUCGAGCAGUCUCUUCAGCGUCGCGCUCUCGAGAAUUCUACAAGUGGGUACAGGUGGUACGGCAAGCCUGUCGAGAACGGUCUACCACUUCCCGGCAACUACUCUGGCUUCGCUGGAACACUCGCGGAGCAAAAUAUCAGAGCGAGCAACGCCUUUAUGACCGGCUUCCUCUGGUUUCUGAUCUUGCUUGUCCUUCUGGUAGCCGCUUUGAUGGCUUUCAAGUGGAUUCUCGAGGGCCUUGCAAAGGUGAGAUGGCUCAAAGAAGGCCGUUUCCAGUACUUCCGCAACCACUGGCUCGGUUACAGCGCCGCCCUUGCUCUUCGCAUCUGCUACUUGGCCUUCUUCCUGAUGAUGUUCCUCACCAUCUUCCAGUUUACCUACACUUCCUCCGGAGGCGUCAAAGCCAUCGCAGCACUCGUCUUCAUCAUCUUCCUUUUCGGCAUGAUGGGUCUGGCGAUCUACGCGUGCAUCUACAAGGCAUCCAUCGACAACGAGCAGCAUGCGAACGGACGACAAGUGGAGCGUAAGAUGCUACUUGGCAAGAUCCCGUGGUUCAGUGUGAAGAAGGCAGCGGCGCCUGCGGAAGAGCAGGGCAUUGAGCUUGAGCAGCGCGAUAGUAAGAAGGGCUUGAUGAAGAGACCUUUCCGCAAGAGGCAGCAGACCCAUGGGAGUGUUACUGAUGUGGAUGGAUAUCUGCACAGUAUCCACGACAAUGAGGAGUUCACAACGAGAUUUGGAUGGCUGGCGGCACGAUUCCGACGUACACGAUGGUGGUUCUUCACGGCCUCGCUGCUCUACACUUUCUUGGAGGCUGUCUUCCUUGGCGGUGCUUCUGGAUAUCCCCUGGCUCAAGUCUUCGGUCUUCUGGUCAUCGAAGUCUUUGCUUUCGCCUUCAUCGUCUGGGCGAGGCCGUUCGAAGGUCAGCGUCUGAAUCUUCUGGUGGUCUACGCCUUGGGCUUCAGCAAGGUGACUUCGGUCGCCCUUGCGGCGGCUUUCGACACAAGGUGGAACCUGGAUCGCAUUAUCACGACUGUCAUUGGCAUUGUCAUAAUUGUCAUCCAAGGUAUCCUGACAAUCCUGACACUCAUUGCAAUCGUCGUGGGUGCUAUUAGUAGCUACAUGUCCGUCUCGCGCAACCACGAGAACUUCCGACCGCGGAAGUGGGUCAACUUGAGAGAGAAGUACUUCAAUCACCUCGACAAGGCGGUCAACGACCUGCCUCCUGAGCCCAAGUCCAUUCCAGUGAAAGAAGUGGACGAAGAGCCUCGAGAGCCAAACUUCGAGAUGAAAGGUGUUCGACGUAUGGCGAAGAUCGAGGACGAAGACGAAGAGUUUGCUUCUGAAUUGAGGUUACAUGAUCCCACGGCCUCGUACUUGAGUCUCGAAGAACAGUCUCCCGCGCCACGGCAGCAGGGUAGUCGGGCGGGCAGCAUACGGAGCGGGAUCAACACUCCUGUCGGUGGAAGCAGGAACGCAAGGGCACCGAGCGUGUACAGCAUGGCCGGUUCUUCUACUUUGCCUUUUGGUGCAAGAUCGCAUCGCCCGAGCUGGAGCACGCGAGACUUCGAGGCUUGGGAUGGGCGAACACAGACACCUGUGGACAUGACGCGCGGCACGAUCGAUGACUCGGAGCUCUCUGCUCCUCCCGCCGCGGCAAAAGGUGCGCGCACGCCUUCACGCUCGGCGACGAUGCCGAGUAAAUUAAGGGAUCAGGUGAGCAACGACUCCCUACGUAUUGGUGGCGACGUCAGUACGCGCAACUCGAUCGGCAAGGUUCCAGCGCCGGUAUCACGGCCGAGAGCCGGGACCUACGGCUCACAGAGGAAUAGUCGGGUAUUAUUUGGUGAGAAUGCUGAGGGUAGCAAGAGCACCGAUUGGCUUAACGAGCUUUCGUACCGACAAGCUGGCGCUGGUGCAGAGGAUGCCAGCGCGAGCGCGAGACAUAGUAGGGUUCCGUUGACGCCGGCGCAGGAGCAGGAUGAGUUUGUGAGGCUUUCGCCGCGGCCGUCGAGGGAUCAGUGA